CUGGUGUGGUUGCGUGCUCGUACAUCUGUGGCAGAGUCGUGAGCUAACAUGAAAGCCAUUUUUACGUUACCCGAGAAAACUCACGGCACUGGACCAGUGUUCUUUACGUGGCAGAAGUCCAGCGGAAAUUACUUGGUCACCACUGGCUACGAUCAAAACGUAAACAUCUACGACCGACAUGGAACUCGGAAAGAUCGCAUUUCGCUACCAGGCAUGUGCUCAGGUUUAGGCUGGGAGAAAGAUGGCGAUAUUCUCGGCAUAAUCACCGAUAGAUCACCGUCAUUACUGUUAUGGGAUGCGAACAGCCAGAGGAUCACCCAAGUGGACACAGGUUUGAGAGACACUUUGACUUUGCUAAUAUGGUCAAAAACUGGGCCUUUCCUUGCCAUUGGUACAUCAAAGGGUAAUCUACUUAUAUAUCACAAUCGUUCUUCGAGGAAAGUGCCGAUAUUAGGGAAGCAUUCCAAGCGGAUAACUUACGGUGCGUGGAGUCAACAGAACAUGCUUGCCCUUGUUGGCGAGGACAGCAUCCUAACAGUCAGUAACCAAGAAGGAGACACUCUGUGUCAGACGAGCCUCAAAGCUGAAGCCACCCUUGUACAAUUCUCCAGCAUUAAACAGGACGAAAGACCGUCAGCAGAGAACACCGUGAGUCUGGUGCUGAACAAGAAGAAUCUCCUCCUCUUGGACAUCUACGAUCCCGAGAACCCAUAUGUUCUCGCCUUCCAAGAAACAUACGGGACCAUCAUAGAGUAUCGCUGGUAUGGGGACGGUUACAUUCUCCUGGGUUUUACAAAUGGCUACUUUGUUGCCAUUUCCACAAAUGCGAAAGAAAUGGGCCAAGAGAUGAUGCAGGUGCGCUGCCAUAAGCAGAGUUUGUCCCAUAUAGCUAUAUGCCUCUCACAAAAUAAGGUAGCGUCAUGUAGUGACAAUGUCAUAAAGGUUUAUGACCUUUCAGACCUGCAGGAAGUAGAAACCGUGGUAACCGUCGAUGACGUGAGGAAAAUCGAGUGGCUGGACUGGUCCGACGAUGGUCAACUUCUUGGGGCCGGGGGUGCGGGUGGAAGCUUGCACGUGUUCCUCACAAAGCUCCCGGUGCUCGGAAAUAGCUUAGGCCAUAGAUACGCGUACUUGACGUCCCUUACAGAGGUCACGGUUGCGAGCGUCACAGAGCCAGAACUUGAGAUGACGCUCAAGGUCGAUGUGGAACCGGGUUUCAUUGCACUUGGCCCAUUUCACGUGGUCGUAGGAAUGAACAACAGGGCGUGGUUUUAUGCUCUCGGAGCAAAGUCCACCAUUCCUCUGCAAGAUAAAGAGUAUCUUGGCACCGUGAAGAGCUUGAAACUCAAUGGAGAUUACUCGGCGGCUCUCUUUGAUGGGAAGAUUCAACUGCAGCUCAUAGAGAAUGACCAGGGCGAAAUGGAGGAAAGGGAAGGCCGGCUUUUCCCAGACAGCGAUCAUAGCCAAGUCAAGAUAAGCUGCCAUGCGAUGACAGACGACUUCUUAGUCUAUGCCACGGAGACGGGUACUUUGGAGUUCUUUUUCCUCGAAGACUGGGUAAUGGUCAACCAGUACCGCCACUCCUGCGGAAUUCAGAAGAUCUACCCCGAUACUUCCGGAACUCGGAUUGUGGUGAUUGACGACAGAUCGAAGGGCUACGUUUAUAAUCCCGUUAAUGACGAUGCGGUGAAUAUACCAGAAUUUCCACAGUCCAUUUGUAACGUGUUGUGGGAUCAGCACGUAGACGACAAGGGAUGUUUCGUGGCUUACGACAGUCACAAUAUAUACACCUUUAUUUAUGCCCAGGAGACCAUACAUGGACCUGUAGUCGAGCUUGUAAGAAAAACAAAAAUUCAGUGUGGACAAAGCCCUCUCCUCUACCACAACGGUAGCCUGACGUGCCAGACUCAAAGCGGAAGAACAGUGACACUGGCUCUCUCCACCGACGACAACAAAAACGAGCAGAAUGCAAAGAACCGACACAACGGCUUGCUCGAAACUCUCAAGCUGCGCAGGUUUCAAGACGCGUGGAAGCUAUGCACCGAACUCAACUCAAAGCGGGACUGGGUUGCGUUUGGAAACGCGGCGCUCCAAAACCUCGACGUGGACCUCGCCGUACGUAUAUUCCGAGAAAUUGGAGACGUCGGGAUCGUUUGGUCGCUCCAACACAUCCGUGCCAUCGAGGAUCGAAACCUGUUGGCGGGCUACCUAGCGAUGUUCCAGGGGGAGUAUAACCUUGCGCAAGACCUGUUCUUAGCAUCGACCCAGCCCAUAGCAGCGCUCACGCUCAGAAGGGACCUCCAGCACUGGGACCAAGCGCUGCAGCUGGCCAAACGCUUAGCACCGCAGCAGAUGCCGUUUCUUUCACGCGAAUAUGCUCAACAGCUCGAAUUUGUCGGAGACUAUACCAGCGCCCUUGCACACUACGAGCACGGCUUAACGAAUGACCCACCGCACGCUGAACAUGACAAGGUCUGCAAGGCAGGCAUAGCUCGAAUGUCGGUCCGAUGCGGCGACAUUCGGCGCGGAAUGCAGCUGACACAACAGCUCGACAGCAGGGUGCUACGCAAAGAAUGCGCCGAGAUAUUGGAAAGCAUGAAACAGUACUUGGAAGCAGCCUUGCUUUACGAAAGUGGAAACUAUUACGACAAGGCAGCUGGCCUCUACAUACGUCUCAAGAACUGGAACAAGGUAGGGGAACUGCUGCCAAACAUUACGUCACCCAAGAUAUAUGCGCAGUAUGCAAAGGCUAAAGAAGCCGAUGGACAGUACCACGAGGCUGUAAAAGCGUACGCGCAGGCGCGAGAUUUUGAAAAUGUUAUCCGUAUUCAACUUGGGCACCUCAACAACCCCGAAGAAGCUGUGCAACUUGUCAAGGAGACAAAGAGUGUCGAAGGAGCAAAAAUGGUUGCAAGAUUCUUUCAAAAGCUCAAUGACAUGGUGUCGGCUAUACAGUUUCUCGUUCUUUCAAAGUGCAUGGAAGAAGCUUUUCAGCUCGCAAAAAGUACCAAUAAAAUGGAUGUUUAUGCAGAUAUUAUUGGGGAGAACGGAUCGCCGGAUGAUUUCUACAACAUUGCGAGUUACUACGAAGAGGCAAAGAACAGUUUCCAGGCGGGCAAAUUUUACAUUAUGGCGGGCCAACACAGAAAAGCUAUAAAGUUCCUAUUGAAAGCGGCAGAAAAAGACAACAGCGAAGCCAUCAGCCUUGCGGUUCAGGCGGUCGCCGCUGCUAACGACGACCAACUGACGCGUCAGGUGAUCGAGUUUCUGAUGGGAGAAACCGACGGAAUGCCCAAAGACUUCAAGCACCUUUUCAGGCUCUAUAUGGGCCUAAAACAGUACAGAGAAGCUGGAAAAACAGCAGUUAUCAUUGCGAGAGAAGAACAGAAUGCUGGCAACUACAGGAACGCGCACGAUGUCUUGCUGAGCAUGUACCAGGAACUGAAGAAACAGAAGAUCAAAGUUCCGUCCGAGAUGUACUCCAACCUAACCCUGCUCCAUAGCUACAUAUUAGUGAAACUCCACAUCCGGCUCGGAGACCACACCCAGAGCGCCCGACUACUCGUGCGUGUUGCCAACAGCAUCAGCAAGUUUCCGGCACACGUCGUUCCCAUUUUGACCUCCACCGUUAUCGAAUGCCAUCGUGCCGGCCUCAAGAAUUCUGCCUUCAACUACGCCACCAUGCUGAUGAGGCCGGAGUACCGCAGCAGCAUCGACGGCAAGUACAAGAAGAAGAUUGAAGGCAUCGUUCGCAAGCCGCAAAAGGCGGAGGAGGAAGAAGCAACAUCUCCGUGCCCCUAUUGUGGUAACGUCCUGCCGGAGACGGAGCUGUUCUGUACCAAGUGCAGGAAUAACAUUCCGUUCUGCCUGGCAACGGGAAAGCAUCUCCUCAAGGAUGACCUCACGGCAUGUCCAAAGUGUGACUUCCCCGCGAUACACUCGGAACUUGUGAGAAUCCUUCGGAGUGAAGGGACGUGUCCCAUGUGUUCACAAAUAAUAGAGUUGGACGGCAUUGUCAAAAAGGACUUCAAGCCUUACUUGUACCCUGAUGAAGAGGAUUAGACGUCUGGUGGAUGUGAUGUUUAUACCUCUGUGAACACUGGGAAAAAAAAACAACCACCAGGAACAAGUGUGUACAUGUCAUGUAAAUGUCUAGCUUAACUUAAGCAGCCUUUCGCUCGAUUCUAUUUACACUUGCGGCGUUAUCUGGUGCAUACCAUCUCAUCAUUUUGACCAUUGAUAUAUUCAUGUCCUGCUCGCCGCCUACACACCAGUAGGGUUGCCACCAGGCCGGUAUUAUACCGGCACGGCCGAUUUUUUGCUCGCUCUGCCGGUUGCCGGUAGGAAGGUGAUACCGGCAACCUUUUGCCGGUAUUUGUUGCUCAAGUCCUUUCAUAGGGGUUUUUCCCUUGAACAUUCCACUACAGCUUGAAUAAAUCUGGUGCACAGACCCAACU